AUGGCAGCCCGACGUGCUCAGUUCCACCAGCAGCUCCUCAUCGACACCACGCCGCUCCCCGACGAUGUCCCCGCCGUCAAGGAGAUUGGCGCCAGCUCGGCGCCGCUGCUGUCGGCCUCAUUCUUCAUCGGGGCGCGGUGUCGUGACUACAACGACGACUACAUGCAGUGCAAGACGGAGAAGCCCGGCCGAGGAGAGUUUGAGUGCAUGAAAGAGGGCCGACGGGUCACGCGCUGUGCCCAGAGUGUCAUCCAGGACAUCAACACGCACUGCCUCGCCGAGUUCCGCAAGCACUGGGAAUGUCUCGACGACCGCAACCAUCAGCUCUGGCAGUGUCGCCCGGCUGAAUGGAAGCUCAACAAAUGCGUCUUUGACAACAUAAAGCUGGAGAAGAAGAUUCCGGAUCAGCCGCCCAACGUCGUCCCCGUCGAGCUACGGCCGAAACAGAUCUUUGCCGACGUGCGCAUCGGGCCGGGCGACGGGAAGCCGUUUGCCCCGGGUCAGCAGAACGAGGCGAAGCAGUGA